AUGGCGCUGUCCGGCGAGCCGCCUGCGAAGCGUCAGAAGGGCGAGUGGCUGAAACUGUCGGGCCACCCGUGUUCGUGGGGCGUGGACUACGCCGACCAUCCAUCGAAUCCACCAUGGGACAAGGUGAUCGCGCGUAUGGCGGAAGCUGGCUACACUGGCACCGACUUGGGACCAGUUGGCUACUACAAGCCCGAGCAGCUGGAGGGCCUCCUGACAAAGCACAGCCUGCAGCUGGUUGCCGGUAACAUCUUCGAGAAGAUGCACGAGCCAGAUCAGUUAGACAUGAUCAUUCAGAAGACCCACGAUUCAUGCAGCACUCUGAAGAAGUUCGGCGCCAAAUUUUUUGUGAUCGUCCCCCACACAGUUCCAGAGAAGGAGUCCACUGCAGGCCGCCCUAAGGACGCGCCCAGGCUUCCAGACGACAAGUGGGCGUACAUGAUGACCGCCAUUACGAAGGUCGCAGAGGUGGUGAAGAGCUACGACAUCGUGUGCAUGCUGCAUCCGCAUGCUGGCAGCUGGAUCGAGUACGAGGAUGAGAUGGAGCGUGCCCUCUCCGAUCUGCCCGAAGAUCUAGUCACCCUGUGCCUCGACACUGGGCACUGCACAUACGCGGGCAUGGACCCUGUCGAGAAGUUCAGGAAACAUCGCGCUCGCAUUCCUUACAUGCAGCUGAAGGACAUCGACGCCGCGGUCCUGAAGAAAAUGCAGGACACCAAGGGCAGCUUCUGGGAUGGUGUCACUGGCGGAAUCUUUUGCAUUCUCGGAACAGGCAUGGUGGAUUAUCCUGCGCUACUUCGUGCCAUGAAGGAGAGCGGCUUCAAUGGCUAUGCAACAAUCGAGUCAUUGGCUGAGAAGCUCGACAUUGCCAAGGGAGAGCGUGUCUUCUUGUUCUCCUCCGAGUCUGUGAACGAGGGUCACCCCGACAAGAUCUGCGACCAGGUCUCGGAUGCGGUCCUGGAUGCGUGCCUCGCAGCGGAUCCCAAGAGCAAGGUUGCUUGCGAGACCGCCACCAAGGACAACAUGGUCAUGGUGGCGGGCGAGAUCACCACAAACGCCAAGCUUGACUACCAGAAGGUAGUGCGUGGAGUUGUAGCUCACAUUGGAUUCGAUUCAUUCGUUGAUGAUCUGUCCAGUGUCGACAGCAAGGGACUCAGCGACAAGACCUGCGAGGUGCUCGUGAGGAUCAACAAGCAGAGCCCCGACAUUGCCGGCGGUGUUCACGUGGGGAAGGAUGACAUGGAUGUUGGAGCUGGCGACCAGGGAAUUAUGUUCGGUUACGCUACUGACGAGACAGAGGAUUGCAUGCCUCUCACCCACUCGGUUGCGACCAAGUUGGGCAAGAAGCUAACGGACGUUCGCAAGAGUGGACAGUUAUGGUGGUUGCGGCCCGACGGGAAGACGCAGGCAGAUGGAUCUGUGGAGCCCCAGAGCAUGCACACCAUCGUCAUUUCCACGCAGCACGCAGAGCCGCUGAAGGCGAAGCGCAGCAAAGAGUGUGCUGGCUACGCCGGGCCGGAGCAGAUUGCGCCGAGCAUGGAGGAGAUGAACAAGCUCAUCGUCGAGGAGGUGGUGAAGAAGACUCUGUCCGAGAUCAAGCUGAAGAAUGUCACGAAGAACGGCCUCAAGUUCUUCGAGUGGGAGAACGCGAAGGACCUGUCGAGAUUCCGGAAGAUGACUUCUGCGGAGGUGGCACAAGAGCUCAAGGUCAGCAACUACCUCACGAAGUGG